GUUGAUAAUAAUUCAAAACUGAUUAUCAUUAAAUAUAUAUAAAUGCUUAAUUAAUUAAUCAAUAUAUAUAAAUGCUAUAAAUACUUGUUUCUUCAUUCAUUAUAUACGUUUAAAUAUCAAAUAACAACAAUCAUGGUGAUCAACAAUCUUGAUUGUUUCGAAAAGUUCAAAGGAUUCCUCGUUUUGUUUACUUUUCAUUUAAACAAAAAUUUGUAAACAUAACAGUUUAUAGAAUUUCGUAUUUUUUUCAUUGUUGUUGAGUUAGAAUUAGGUAGGAGUUGAACUUUUUAGUAAUGGAUGACCUGUUUGGAAAAGACGACUCUGGCAAUGACAGUGAUCAGAUUGAUAUUGAUGAGAAAGAUGACCAUUUUAAUUCCUUUGAGAGCAAACCAGAGCCAAAAGAUCCGAGCAAUGAAGUGGGUAUGGAAAUUUCUUCCCAGGCUAUAAAAACGGAGCUUGAUACCUCCAGUACAAAAUCCAAUUCGGAUCAUGAAAACACUGGCUCCGAAGUUGGCGAUAAACCGCAAGAGUCAGGGAGCAAUCUUGACCUAGUUAAACAGGAAGUGGGCACUAACGGCAGAGAGGAAAUGGAACAUUCCAACAGAGAUCGGAUUUUUGAUAACGUCAUAGUUUUACCACACUCUGGUCCAAUGACUCUGAAAGACAGACGGGAAAGCAAAGAAAAAUCCAAACGGGAAUUGGAGGAAGAAGAAAGAGAGAAAAUGCAAGUCCUGGUUUCGAAUUUCACCGAAGAUCAAUUGGAUAGAUACGAAAUGUAUAGGAGAGCAGCUUUUCCAAAAGCAGCCAUAAAAAGGAUAAUGCAAACAACAACGGGAUGUUCUGUGUCUCAAAACGUCGUAAUUGCGAUGUCAGGAAUCGCAAAAGUUUUUGUUGGCGAAAUAGUCGAAGAAGCUUUGGACGUUAUGGAGGCGAAUAAUGAGUCGGGCCCUCUGCAGCCGAAACAUUUGAGGGAAGCAGUUCGGAGACUCAGAUUGCAAGGCCAAAUGCCUAAAGGACGUGCCCACAAAUCAUUUUUCCGAUUGUGAUAUUUUCGUAGGAACAAAAUUUUAUUUUUCGUCGUAUCAAUUCAUUUACUCUCCAAUUCAUCCAAUAAAGCGUUGAGACUUUUUUUU